UAGGAUAUUCACCAUGAGGAGACGAGAAAAGGCCAAUUCCAAUAGUGGUAUUGUCACAACUACAACCACAAAACGCAUGGUGCUGGAUCUUCGAAGACAGGGUGGGAUAACUCAUGCCCUUCAACUCCUCCAGUUGGCAUCGGCUGAAAUAGAACAGCUGCACAUCAAGCAGUCAACUCUUGUUGGAACAAAUCCACAAGAUGAAGAAACUGAUCUGUGGGAAAUCUUUCAAGCCGUGGGAAGCACGCUACCUCAUUUGAAAUCCAUUACAAUUGCAGAUUUCGAAAGCACGCCAGUUCCUAUAGCAUGUUUGACCAUGUUGUUCCAAAACUGUCUCGCAUUAUCCACUGUACGGAUGGAUGCCAUUCGCAUAUCCGCAUCAGAGGAUGACUUAGAGGAGUUGCAACAGUUGGCAACUGCUUUGCAAGGACAUCCUUCACUGCAAGAAAUCUGCUUUUCGGGGUGCUGUCCGGAGCCAAGCAACAACAAUAAUAAUGGUACAUUCACAACCAGCAACUUUGCCUCCUACAUCUCCAAGGCACUUUCUCAGAUACCCACACUUCAAGUUGUGGAAAUUGUGGAAACGUCGUUUCCUUCCUCCAGGGCUUGGACUGGGGAAUCGUUGCAGUGUUUGUGCCAAUCCAAAACCAUUCAAUUGCUGCGAAUCAGAGGGGUACGAUUCUUGGGAGAUGAGGAUCUGGUCAUGAUGGCAAAGGCCUUGGAAACCAAUCAUGCCAUGAAGGAACUCUGGAUACUCGCUUGCGAGGUGGGGAUUAUGGCAACAGCAACACCUGCUACUAGUGAAAUCAACAGCAAGGACGACGACGAUGUUGAUACCAAUGGAGCCAAGGCCAUGGCCCAAAUGUUGCAAGUCAACACUAGCCUUGAAAUCCUAGGUUUGAACCGACUUGCUCACAAAGACCACGCUAUCGCCAUUGCCAAUGGACUACGGAACAAUCGAACGCUACGAGGUCUCCAUCUCUGUUUGCGAGAUGGAGGCGAUGAUAUGUAUUACAAUCAAUGCAACACCAACAUUGCCACGGGCAGCACUACCAUUGCAGAAUCCUACGCCAAACUACUGAGGAACGACAACUACGUGCUGGAAAAACUGAGUGGGAGUUUCCUUCGUCGCGAUGGUCGUCAAACCAGUUGUACAGCCAAUCAACAAAUUGAUUUCUUCCUCAGACUGAACCGGAAUGGUAGACGGCAGAGACUCUUGCAGAAUGACGACAAUGAUGUAAUAACGCGACUGCAAUGGCUGGAAGCUCUGGCAUCCCAGAGUGACAACGUCAGUGCCUGUUUCUAUUGGCUCAGCUGCAAUCCUUCUCUGUGCUAUGGUCGGUGUUCGCGAGGAAGGUGCCUGCUGCACGAGAUGGACCUUCUGUGCUUGCAUUCUUUGCAUGAGCUAGCUAGCUAG